AUGAGUUUGCAAAUGCUUCCAGAGGGGCAGGAGACGCCCGAUGUCCAGGUCUCGUGGGAAGAUCAGACCCGGAUAAACACAUUCUCGAAAUUGAAUACUCGUUUGACAAAUCUUGAGGAGGAGUACCAGAAGACUAAGGAUGAGAUGGAGUAUCUCGAGGACGUCAGCACCGAGAUCGAACUGAUAGACGAAGAUGAGCUAGUGCAGUACAAGGUCGGAGAUACAUUCUACUGGAUCAAGCAAUCUGAAGUGGUCGAGAGAUUGGAGAAAGACACAGAAAAUGCGAGCGCUUCUCUCUCCGAAUUAGACGAGAAAGUAGGCACGAUCAAAGACGAAAUGAAUGAUCUGAAGGCGUCGUUAUACGCAAAAUUCGGCAACGCCAUAAAUCUCGAAAGAUGA